UGUGUGUAGGGUUUUUGGGCCGGCUUUAUAACUCGCUGGUGAUCAGGCACACAGAAUUGUCCCCAGAGCUGGUGGAGGAGGGUCUGAUCAGAGCCUGCGCUGAGGCUACUGGGAAAGAGAAUCGACUUUGUUAUUACCUGGGAGCUUCCAGUGAUGCUGCAGCCAAAGUGACAGGUGAGGUGAGCCGCCCCCUCAGUGCACAUGUUCCUGUCCGCAAAAUCUGCCAGAGACUUCAGCGCAGGGACGGCCAGAUCUGCGAGCUCAGAUAUGAGCAUCCUGUUCUCGACUGGAGCAGGGACGCUUUGUCUAAAAUGCGAGUGUUGGAGCUGAAGAGAGUCUUG